AUGCAUACACAAUACGCCGUUCCCCCACAUCACAACUACUACUCCUCCCAAACUUUCUAUCACGAGGCAUAUCUUUCGUCAAAUGAUGCACAAAAUAUCGCAAACUUCUCCAGAGGAUCAUCCUUAGCUUACCAACAAAACUAUCCUUACUUGCUUGACCGCGGAGAGCACUCCAGACUAUGCACUUCAGGUCUUGUGGACUCUACUGCUGACGCCACCGGCUUGGGAUUCGCCGGGAACUCUCUGGUUACCACUGGUGCCUUUGCAGGCGCCGAGGAUAUAGCAAGCUACAACCAGCAGCCGUGGGACUGGAGUAGUGCCCCUGAGGGAGAAACAAACGCGUCCUCUUCGCCUAUCUAUGCCUCACCGUCUGCUGAGGAUGCGUACUUCAGGAUUUCUAAAACGCCGGCAGAUCAUGAAUCUAGUCUUCGUUCUCCAGCGCCUCAGCUUCCAACUCCUGCAGCAAUGGCUAUCCUCCUUAAUCCGAAUGGCCGAUCUGAAGCAGAACCAUCGCAGCCUGGUUGCCAAUUCCCUCUUCCCUCCGAACUCGUCGCCAACCGCUCACCCGCCACAGCUAAAUCCAAUCGUCUCGUGGAACAGGUGGUUGCUAGCCAGGAAGGUAUUCCUGAAUCAAUAUCGCGGGAGAAGAAACAUGCAUGCACCAUGUGCCAUAAACGCUUCGAUCGCCCUUCUACACUUCGUAAACAUCUUCUGGUACACACCGGAGAGAAAGCUUUUGUGUGUGAUAUUUGUGGUCGCCGAUUUGGAGUCGCUUCCAAUUUGAACAGACACGUCAAGCGUUGCGCCUUAAAACCUGUUAACACCCCUUCUCCAUCAAAGUCCACUGCUGAUUCCCCCACUGAUACCAUGAAUUCUUCGAUUCCCAAUCCCUCAACCCCAACCACUUCGUCUGCAGAAAGCGGUGCACAAGGCCAAGAGCUCAGACGAGCAACCCGUAUACAUUCAAGCGCUCUCACUGCAUCAAGAAGCUCUGCUCAUUCCAUGAACCCCGCUCAUAAUUCCAGAGUUUCUGGAGAAAUACCCUCGGUCAGGGCACCCAAGCACCCAACCCAGAAACGCCGCCGACGCGCGCCUUCGCCUUCGCAAUGGGUCCCCAUCACUCUCCAGAAUCUUAACCUUUCGUCCGAAGACCUCCACCGCGCGACAUGCGUUCCGUUGCCCCCUGUUCGACGCAAUUACCCGAAAGAGGAGCGCGAUUCCUGGGAUGAGAACGUCGGAGUCUCCCCUUAUCACCCGAUUUCAUGGACCGGGACGCUCCCUGGUCCGGGUUUAGGCCACGGGAUCGGUUUGGGAGGAAAAGACCUCAAGAACAUGGAAUUCGGCGGCAGAGGAGGUGUUAUCCUAGGCCGUGUGCUCGUUUGUUGA